UAAACCACACAGAUGUGAUCCGUGCGGUCUUGGGUUUAACUCAGGAUGGGCAGAUAAUGAGUGAUGGUGGCAGAGAGAAGGAAAGUGCGGUUUCUUUAGGGUUGUACAGUCAUCACUAGUAAUCUUACUUGAAGAGUCUAUGAAUGGAAGAGACGUCUGAAAUUGAGACCCCCAAGACUGAACUGUGUGAGACGCUUUUAUCAGAGGAAUGGUCCGUGAAGAACAAAGGCAUGUGGCUUAAGAGAAGAACUGAGAGACCCGCCUACCAGAAGGGUGGACGGGGAGAAGAUGAGCCGGCAGAGAGUGGCCUUUGAAGAGACCAAUGACAGUCCUAGGAAAUGACUUGAUGGUCCUAGAAAUGACUGUUGUAAUUGCUUCGGGUUCAACUAUAUGUUAGAGUGUCUAGAUAAAGUGCCUCAACUGUGCUUAAAGGUCCAUGAGGAGGGGGACGACUCUAGCUUUGUUAAUCUUUCUCGACUGGGCCCAUCUCUGAGGGAUAAAGACCUGGAAAUGGAGGAGCUGAUACUGCAGGAUGAGACACUACUGGGGACCAUGCAGAGCUACAUGGAUGCCUCCCUCAUUUCCCUCAUUGAGGAUUUUGGAAGUCUUGGAGAGCAGAGCAGGUUAUCUCUGGAGGACCAGAAUGAAAUGUCGCUGCUCACAGCUCUGACGGAGAUCUUGGACAACGCAGAUUCUGAGAACCUGUCCCCGUUUGACAGCAUUCCUGAUUCAGAGCUGCUUGUGUCUCCUCGCGAGAGUUCCUCUCUCCACAAGCUACUCACUCUUUCUCGGACACCCCCAGAACGUGACCUAAUCACUCCAAUUGACCCUUUGGGGCCUAGCACAGGCAGUAGUAGGAUGAGUGGGGUUGAGAUGUCGCUUGCCGAUUCUCCUUGGGACUUUUCUCCACCUCCUUUCUUGGAAACCUCUUCCCCUAAGCUACCUAGCUGGAGACCCUCAAGACCAAGACCUCGAUGGGGUCAGUCCCCUGUCCCACAGCAGCGCAGUGAUGGAGAAGAGGAGGAGGAGGUCGCCAGCUUCAGUGGUCAGAUGCUUGCUGGAGAACUGGACAACUCUGUGAACAGCUUGGACUUCCCCAUGCACCUGGCAUGCCCAGAGGAAGAAGACAAGCCAACAACAGCAGAGGUGGCAGUGUCAACACCUGCUGAUGAGAGCAUCUCCUCCCUAAGUGAGCUAGUACGCGCCAUGCAUCCAUACUGCUUGCCCAACCUCACACACUUGGCAUCACUUGAGGAUGAGCUGCAGGAACAGGUGGAUGAUGUGACAGCGCCUGAGGGUUGUGUGGUGCUGGAGAUAGUGGGCCAGGCAGCCACAGCUGGCGAUGACCUGGAGAUCCCGGUUGUGGUGCGUCAGAUCCCUUCUGGAUCCCAAUCUCUGCUCUUGGAUGAGUCUGCAGGGGCCAGUCCUGCCUUGCAGCUACUCAUGCCCACCAUGGAGGCCAGGAUGGAAGCGGCUGUGCCUAAGAUUGCCCCUUGCCCUGAUCAAGAAGAAUUAUCAUUGAACUCUGCCUGCUUAUUGGAGCCCAGGGAGAUCAUGGAGGCCUUGGCACCCAAGGAGCUUCAGAACCUACCUGCCAGUGUAAUUCAGGGUUCUCAGAGAGUUCCCAGAAAGGGCAGGAAGAAGAAGAGCAAGGAACAGCCAGCAGCCUGUUUGGAAGGCUAUACCAGGAGGCUAAGAUCAUCUUCUCGUGGACAGUCUACUGUGGCUACAGAGGUGAACUCUCAGGCAGGCCACUUAGAGAAACAGCCUCAGGAAGAACUUCAGAGAGAGGCUGAGGCUCCUCAGAGCAGGGGGAAGCCACGGGCGUGGGCUCGGGCCUGGGCAGCUGCCUUGGAGAAGACUGAGUCUGAGAACUUAGAGAGAAGUACAGGACAGGAUAGCUCUGCUGAAGAAGAUGCCCUUGACCUUGUCCCUAAGCUGGUUAAUACUAGCCAAGCUGACCCCAUGCCAGUUGACUCUAUUGAAGCUGAUGCAGCUACAGUUAAGCAUGCUAUAGCUGAUUGUAUACCUGUUGACCAGGCUUCAGCUAGUACAGAACUGGUUGGUCCUCUCCCAGUAGGCCCAGUGCUGACUGACCCAGUGCUGACUGGCAGGACAGGAAUUGAACCUGCAGUGUCUAUUCCCACUUCAGAUAACUUGUCUCCAGCUGGUGCUGUUCCAGCUAACACAGUGACAGUUGACUCUAUUCCACAUGACCUGGCUCCAGUAGACCCUGUGCUAGUUAAGCACAGACCAACCGACCCUAGACGUGCUGCAGUAGCAGCAGCUCAGGGGACUCGACUUUCCCUAGAUUCUUCAGCCCACCCCAAGGCCAUCAACCCUGAGGUCAAGGCUGUUGUAGGUCCCCUGAAGGUGGAAGGUAGCACCAGUGCUACAACCCAAGAAGCCAGACCUCGACCUCUCAGCCUGUCUGAGUACCGGCAGCGAAGGCAGCAACGGCAAACAGAAGCAGAAGGCAGGAAUUCUCAGCCCCCCGCUGGCAAGUGGCCUAGUCUCCCAGAGACCCCUACAGGGCUGGCAGAUAUCCCUUGUCUUGUUCCACCAGCCCCAGCCAAGAAGACAGCUCCACAGAGAAGCUCUGUAGCUACCCCAGAGACUUGUUUUGUGUCUGUGGGUACCAACCCUGCUUCCCCUAGUCCCGAGCCAUCUGCAAGCAAACCUAUGGCUUCAGUUCACUCGGAACAGGUGCCAUCUCAUGAGAAGCCACUUCCAGUUAGACCGCCCCUUCCUACCUUGCAGUCUGUGACUCCUGCUGGGCCCAUCCCUUCCACAGUGCCCACUCCUUUGCCUUUCCCUCCAGGCAUACCUCCUUUGCUUCCUCUUCCUUCAAGUGGCCAUGGAGUCCCCAGUCUACCCCCACCUCCCUUGCAACCACCUGGACUUGCAGUGUCCAUGAGACAAAUACCACCUGAUCCCUAUACGCAUUAUGCCCCUGUGCCACCCUGGCCUUGUUAUCCCUCUGUGUCCCCUUCUGGCUAUCCUUGUCUGCCCCCACAACCAACGGUGCCCAUGGUGUCUGGUACUCCUGGUACCUAUGCUGUACCCCCAACUUGUAAUGUGCCUUGGGUACCCACUCCUGCCCCAGUUUCACCUUACAACUCCAGCUGUACCUAUGGGCACAUGGGAUGGGGCCCUGGGCCACAACAGCCUCCGUUCUGGUCUACUGUUUCUCCACCUCCUUUGUCUUCAGCAUCUGCUGGAAGACCUGUUCCCCCGUCCAAUGUGGAACCUAGUAGUAAUCCCCCGUCCAAUGUGGAACCUAGUAGUAAUCCAGCUGGUUCUCCUGAAGAUGAACUUCCUGUGCCAGUGACUCCUUCCCUAAGUUCUGGGCCAGACAGCCCCAUAGCUCCACCAGUCGAGCCUACGAAACUAGAGGUUCAGCCAGUGCCUGUGUCUCCCCAGUCAAAACACAAAGUGUCUACCCUGGUACAAAGUCUCCAGGUCAAGACUCCACCAUGUCUGUCUACUGAGUGUGUAGCUGUUGGGGAGUCUGCAUCAGAGAGGCUAAAGCCUGAGGCUCAGGAGAACAGAGCAAAGGAGAAGCCCCUCUCUGCAACUGUCAAGGCUGGUGCCAUACCAAGGCAGAGUACUGCCCCAAAGCUGCCUGCUGUCCAUCCAGCCCGUCUAAGGAAGCUGUCCUUCCUGCCUACUCCACGUUCUCAGGGGCCUGAGGACGUGGUACAGGCAUUCAUCAGUGAGAUUGGAAUUGAAGCAUCAGACCUGUCCAGUCUGUUGGAGCAGUUUGAGAAAUCAGAAGCCAAAAAGGAGUGUCCUCUCCCGGCUCCUGCUGACAGCUUGGCUGUAGGAAACUCAGGCAGCAUUGACACUCCCCAGGAGAAGAGACCCCUAGACCGGUUACAAGCCCCAGAACUGGCCAACGUGGCAGGGCUCACCCCUCCAGCUACCCCUCCCCACCAGUUAUGGAAGCCCCUGGCUGCUGUCUCACUGUUGGCCAAAUCUCCUAAAUCUACCGCCCAGGAGGGAACCCUGAAGCCUGAAGGAGUUACAGAGGCCAAACAUCCAGCUGCAGCCUGCCUCCAAGAAAGGGUCCAUGGCCCUAGUCCUGUCCAUGUGGGCUCUGGGGACCAUGAUUAUUGUGUCCGAAGCAGGACACCCCCAAAAAAGAUGCCUGCCCUAGUCAUUCCAGAGGUGGGCUCCCGAUGGAAUGUCAAGCGCCAUCAGGACAUCACCAUCAAACCUGUCUUGUCAUUGGGCCCAGCUGCUCCCCUACUUCCAUGCACGACUUCCCAGAAGCCACUUGAUCACAGGACUAGCAGUGAGCAGGCAGAACCUUCAGCGCCUUGUCUUGCCCCGUCCACCUUGCUGUCUCCUGAGGCCUCACCCUGCCGGAAAGACAUGAACACUAGGACUCCCUCUGAGCCCCCAGGCAAGCAGCGGUCAAUGCGCUGUUACCGAAAAGCCUGCAGAUCAGUCAGCCCCCCAGGUCGGGGUUGGCAGGGCCGUCGUGGCCGCAGCAGCCGCUCUGUCAGCUCUGGGUCCAACCGGACCAGCGAAGCGUCCUCAUCUUCAUCGGUGUCUUCCUCAUCCCGGUCCCGGUCCAGGUCCCUCUCCCCCCCCCACAAGAGAUGGCGAAGGUCCAGCUGCAGUUCCUCUGGACGUUCGAGAAGGUGUUCAUCCUCUUCAUCAUCUUCUUCCUCUUCUUCAUCCUCAUCAUCCAGUUCCAGAAGCCGUUCUCCCUCUCUGUCCCCUCACAGAAGUGACCGAAGGCGGCGGUACAGCUCUUACCGUUCAAAUGAUCAUUACCAAAGGCAGAGAGUGCUGCAGAAGGAGCGUGCAAUAGAAGAGAGAAGGGUGGUCUUCAUUGGGAAGAUACCUGGCCGCAUGACUCGGUCAGAGCUGAAACAGAGAUUCUCUGUUUUUGGAGAGAUUGAGGAGUGCACCAUUCAUUUUCGUGUCCAAGGUGACAACUAUGGUUUCGUCACUUACCGUUAUGCUGAAGAGGCAUUUGCAGCCAUCGAGAGUGGCCACAAGUUGCGGCAGGCAGAUGAACAGCCCUUUGAUCUCUGCUUUGGGGGCCGCAGGCAGUUCUGCAAGAGGAGUUACUCUGAUCUUGACUCCAAUCGGGAAGACUUUGAUCCUGCUCCAGUGAAGAGCAAAUUUGAUUCUCUUGACUUUGAUACAUUGUUGAAACAGGCCCAGAAGAACCUGAGGAGGUAACCCUGGGCACUCCUCCCCCACCCAUUUUCUCUGGAGGUGCUCAGCCUCCUCCACUCCCCUCCCCCACUCUAGGGGGAGAGCUGCUAGUGUGGAAAUGACUUUUAUAAAUAAAUGGAAAAAAGUUAAAUAAAAAUGUGUUAAAACUGGGA